AUCUUUCGUCAAUGUCCGUCUGUUUAAUCUCACAGUUAACCAAACCCCAUUGGUCAUAUAUCUUUCGCUGGGAGAACCUCAGCCAUGGCGCCUACCAAGCAGCUGAACUUCAUUACGGGUAACAAGAACAAGCUGGCCGAAGUGAGGGCUAUUCUGGGUAGUGUAAUCAAGGUCGAUAACCAGGCGAUCGAGGUACCCGAAAUACAAGGCACGAUCAAAGAAAUCGCCACGGAGAAAUGUAGACGUGCUGCAGAAGUGGUUGGAGGACCAGUGUUGACGGAGGACACAGCUCUGGAAUUCCAUGCGCUGAAAGGGUUGCCUGGCCCAUAUAUCAAAUCAUUCCUUGAAGCGUUGGGGCAUGAAGGACUGAACAAAAUGCUUGACUCAUUCGACACAAACAGAGCGGAGGCCGUGUGUACAUUCGCAUUUUGUGAAGGCCCUGGUUCGGAGCCUAUCUUAUUUCAAGGUAGAACCGAGGGAGCUAUUGUUCGACCAAGAGGUCCUACAAACUUUGGUUGGGAUCCGAUCUUCGAAUACCAAGGCAAAACUUAUGCCGAAAUGGACAAGAAUGAAAAGAAUCAAAUCUCCCACAGAUACAAAGCCCUGGCUAAAGUACAAGACUGGAUAACUCAUGGACAAUCCUGAUCCGAUUCUUUCCAUCUCUGACGAGGCCUGGAGAGCCGAUCGAUUUUGAGAGUAACAUGCCAGAAGUGGUCAGUCUGCUUCUAGUGCCUGGUUACUUUUCCAGGACGCUAUCCAGCCGGAAAUUCGAGCGCAAUUAGAUUCUACAUCUUCAUCCUUUUCACUAUUUAACUCAACCACCACCUCUUCAUCAAACGAUUCGCGGGCUUCCUCAAGAAGAACACCGAAUAUCUCCGCGUCCAAAUUUUCUUGUAGCUUAGCUUGCUU